AGAGGCGGAGAGAGCCAAAACAGUUUAUUAAUUAUUCUCCAAAUAAUACAAACGAAAGUCGUCGUCUUCUUCCUUUUCAAAUUCUCAUUAUUCCUCAAUAAUUAUAUUUAUUAUAAUUAUCACUUCAUCAUCAUCAUCAUCUGAUUCUCGAUCGGUGAUCGGUUCCUCUUCUGAUGGAGGGAAACUGGAGGCCGACGCAGCAGGAAGCAGCGUCCAUGGCGUCGUCGAUGGAUGGAUCCUCCGGCGACUGGAGGUCUCAGCUCCAGCCUGAGGCCAGACAGCGGAUCGUUAACAAGAUCCUGGAGACUUUAAAGAGACAUUUACCGAUAAAUGUUCCUGAGGGCUUCAAUGAAUUAAGGAAAAUUGCUAUUCGGUUUGAGGAAAAAAUUUAUACUGCUGCUACAAGUCAGUCGGACUAUCUGCGGAAAAUCUCUCUAAAAAUGCUUUCUAUGGAGACAAAGACUCAACAGUCAGCUCCGAUUAAUCCAUCAAUACCAAAUACUAGUGCAGUGAACCAAAAUAUUGCAGAUCCAGGAUCACUUGGCAUACAGUCACAGAUGAACAACCCUGGGCAACCAUUAGCUGUCCCUAAUCGAAAGUCAGGUUUACCCCAGAACCUCCCAAACAGCACUUCUGCCGCCGUACAAGGUUCUUCCUCCUUGCCUCCUGCAUUGCCACCCAUCUCAGGACUCAGUCAAUCCAACAUAACUGGUGUUAACCAGGGAUCAAACAUGCAGAACAUUUCUGGUAUAGCACAGAGCUCUGUGAAUAAUCCUAUAGGGCAAGGAGCACAGGCGGAUAUUUAUGCCAAUGCACAAAGACAGAUGCAAGGAAGUCAGCAACAGCAGCAGCUUCUUUCCCAGCAACAACAGCAGCAUCAGCAGCAGCGACAGUCUCUUUUGCCGUCAAGCCAGCUACAGUCUUCUCAGCCAAUGAUGCAAAUGUCAUCCAGUCUUCAAUCAAACCAGGCUAAUAUCCAGCAGACGCAGGCAACAAAUUCGCAGUCAGCUCCACAACCCGGGCUUCAACAGAAUCAACUGAAUCAAAUUCAGUCAUCUGUCCCAUCUUUAAUUCAGCAAAAUCCACAGUCAGUUGCCAGACAGCAGCAAGCUCAACCUUCACAUCAGCAAGCAUCUUCACUGCAGCAACAGUCAGCAUCUAUGUCUCAGCAAUCAACCUUGUCACAGCAGCAGCAAAUGAUGAGUCAGCAAGGAAAUAUGUCAAACAUGCAACAGAAUCAGCUACUUGGCCAGCAAAAUAGUAUUCCAGACAUUCAACAGCAGCAGAGAUUGCCGGUCCAGCAAAAUAGUCUUCUAAGCAUGCAACAACAGCAACAAAUGAUGAAUCAGCAAAACCUAGCUUUACAGCAACAGCAACAGCAGCAGUUAGGUUCUCAAAAUAACAUGUCAGGACUGCAGCAGCAGCAGCAGCAGUUACUCGGACCACUUUCUAGCGUCUCAAAUAUGCAGCCACAUCAGCGGGCAAUGAUUAUGCAAAAGAAUGUACAACAGCAGCAGCAGCAGCAGCAGCAAACCUCAUUAAUGCAGUCACAAGGUCAGCAAUCACAACAUCAAUCAUCACAGCAGCAACUCAUGUCCCAGUUUCAGUCUCAGCCUUCCCAACUGCAGCAACAAUUGUUACUGCAACAGCAAUCAAAUUCCUUGCAACGAGAGAUGCAACAAAGACUUCAAAGUUCAGGUCCCCUACUUCAAACUCAGAAUGCAAUGGAACAGAAGCCAUUCAUUCAGACACAAAGAGGGCUUGCAGAGGUUUCAUCUAGCACAUCAAUGGAUUCGACAGCUCAAACAGGACAGACAGGCGUUAUUGAUUGGCAAGAGGAGUGCUAUCAGAAGGUGAAAUCUAUGAAGGACCAGUACUUUUCAGAUCUCACUGAGUUUCAUCAAAUGAUUGCUCUGAAGUUGCAGCAGCGAGAAGCACUUGUACCCCCAGGAAAGCAGUCAGAACAGCAUGAAAAGCUUAAAAAUUUCAGGACAAUGUUGGAGCGUAUGCUCGCACUUCUGCAGAUUAGUAAAAAUAACAUUUCAGUUGGUAUGAAGGAGAAACUUCCUAUAUAUGAGAAGCAAAUAAUGAGCAUGGUGGCUUCAAACAGAGCUAAGAAAACUCCUUCGCAAGUACCAGGACAACAGCAGUUCCAGCAUUCUAUUGUUGUGAAUGCUCAUCCAAUAGCACAACAACAAAAACAAUCUCAGAAUUCUCAGUUACAGCUUCCCGAGAGUCAUGCAAACCAGGUACAACAAAUUAUGCAAAGUUCUGGAAUGUCAUUAUCCACAACACAUCAGAAUAUCUCAAAUACACUGCAGCCCAGUUCUAAUAUUGAUUCAGUCCAAGGGAGUUCCUUUAAUUCAAUGCAACCUGGUGCGAUCAGCUCUGGGCAGCAAGUGACAUCUCUGCAAAAUUCCAUGAGCACAUCGCAACAAAACAACAUGAGUACACUGUCACAUGGUGCUGCAAAUACUUUACAAAAUAAUGUCAGUACCAUGCAGCCAAAUUCAAGUGUAUUACAGCAGCAGCAUAUGAAGCAGGAACAACAAUUGCUGCACAGUCAGCAAAUGAAACAACAAUUCCAACAGCGCCAUAUUCAACAGCAGCAAAUGAUUCACCAGCAACAGAGACAGCAGUUAUUGCAACAGCAACAACCUUUGCAGCAACAUUUGCAUCAACAACAAAAGCAGCAGCAAACACCACAGAUGCCUGUACACCAAGUGCAGCAGCUUCACUCAAUGAAUGAGCUCAACGAGCUGAAGGCGAGACAAGGAGUUGGCAUGAAAUCAGGACUUUAUGACAUCCCGGCUGGUCAGCGCCACAGUUACUACAACCAGCAGCUGAAGCCAGGAGCUUCUUAUACAGUUUCAUCUCCUCAAAAUGUUCAAGCUUCGUCUCCACAAAUUUCUCACCAUUCUUCUCCUCAAAUUGACCAGAUUGGUCUAUUGUCAUCCAUUCCAAAAGCUAAAGGUCCUCUGCAAUCGGCAAAUUCACCUCUAGUUGUUACUCCUGCUCCAUCGCCCAUUCCAGUUGAUUCUGAGAAACCAUUAUCGUCUAUGUCGGCAGUUGAACAAGGUGGACAUCCACAAUCAUCUGUUGCGCCACCUCAACCACAUUCACUCGCUGUUAGCACACCUGGAAUAUCAGCAUCACCUUUGUUGGCAGAAGUCACGAGUCAAGAUGGCAAUCAGACUAAUGAACCCGCAACAUUCAAAACAAGUACAACAGAACGGCCUGUAGAUCGCUUAAUUAAAGUGAUGCAGUCACUAACACCUCAGGCUCUCAACUCGUCUGUCGCUGAUAUUGGAUCCGUGGUUAGCAUGAUUGACCGAAUAGCAGGUUCAGCACCUGGGAAUGGUUCAAGAGCUGCUGUUGGUGAAGAUUUAGUUGCAAUGACGAAGUGUCGUCUACAAGCAAGAAACUUCAUGUCACAAGAUGGCGGUGCUGCAGCAAAGAAAAUGAAGCGCCACACAAGUGCUAUGCCCUUAAAUAAUGUUUCUUCGCCUGGAAGUGUAAAUGAUAGCUUUAAACAGUUAUUUGGUUUUGAAAAAUCAGAACUAGAGUCCACUGCAACAUCCCGUAUUAAGAGGCUCAAACCUGAGGUCAACCCCACUUUGUUGGACGAGAUAAGGGAGAUAAAUCAAAGGCUUAUUGAUACAGAGCUUGAUGUAAGUGACGAUGAUGUGGAUAUGGUUGCUGCUGCAUCCGAGGGUGGAGAGGGAACUGUGGUUAAAUGUUCUUACACUGCCGUUGCCCUCAGUCCAGACUUGAAAGCUCAUUUUGCUUCUGCACAAACAUCCCCCAUUAUGCCUUUGAGAUUACUGGUUCCUGUCAAUUAUCCAAAAUGCUCGCCUGUACCUCUAGACAGCCUUCCAGUUGAGACCAGUAAAGAGUUUGAAGAUCUUUCAAUCAAGGCGAGAUCAAAAUUCAGUAUCUCCCUCCGCUGCCUUUCACAGCCAAUGUCACUUAAGGAUAUGGCAAAAACAUGGGAUGCUUGUGUCCGUAAAGUUAUUUUAGAAUAUGCACAGAAAACCGGAGGAGGCAGCUUCAGCUCCACUUAUGGUUCUUGGGAAAGUGUCGUCACUGCAUGAUGACUGCUAUAGAAGGGUUCCAAUGAUCAUCAUAACUUAUGUUAAUAACGUGUUUUAGUUUGUGUAGCAAAUAGCCUCUGGAGAUGGGGCCUUGUUCUGUAAGAAGUUUAAGUUGUAGCUUGAUGUUGUAUAUAAAUGCCAGUAUGUAUUAUACUGGUAUGAUUUUCGCCGUUAUAUGUAUCAUUUAUAUGUAUCAAGGAAGACAUCUACGUGUAGUCGCAAUAUAUUUGUUGCUAUUGUUGUAAGUUUUCUGUGUUGCUAAUGAAUGUGUUUUUUUUGUGUGUU